AUGCGAUAUACACUUUUCAUUAUAUUUCUUCUUAGUGGUAUUUCACAUGGUUUUUUUGGACCUCUUAGUCAAGUAGUUAAUAAUGUCGGCAAUACAGUUCAAUCAACUGCAAAUCAAAUAGGUCAAACAGUUGAAAAUUCAUGGAAUAAUAUUACACGUCAUAUCGAAAAUGCUAUUGAUCAAUUAGUAAAUAAUGCAAAUCAAAUAGAAGUUACUGCUAGUUUUCUUUGGGAACAAGUAUUUAAUCCAGCUUUUGAUAUGAUGACUCAAGGUGGGCAAUUACUUCUUAAUAAUCAAUUAUAUACUGUUAGUUAUAUAAUUAAUUAUCCAAUAACAACAUCGAAAAAUCUUCUUACAGAAAAAUAUUCACAAUUAAUUGCUCGUUUAAAAUCAAAUGUUCAUCAUUUAUAUGAAUAUUUAUUUUUAAUGCAACAUGAAGCUUUAAUGGCUUUAGAAAAAGAUGAAUAUAAUUUUGAAGAAAAAAUUCGUGCAUUUUACGUUAAAAUUGAUGCUAUUCCUAAGCAAAUCAAUCAAUGGGCUGUAGAAACAAAAUAUGAAUUAGAAACACAUGCAAAUACUAUUCAUGGUGAUUGGCUUCAUAUUCUUAGUCAAUAUAAUCAAAAUAUUGAUAUUAGUGUUAAAACAUUAGUUACAAUGUUUCAACAAUUAAUAGAAAAUUUAAUGAAAAAUUAUCUUAAAGUUGUUCUUACUGUCGUUCCUAAUGCUGUUAAUAGUAUUGAAAAGAUGAAAAAAGAAGGUUUACUUUCGUUUUUUCAUUAUUAA